AUGGCAGAGAACGUGCCGCCGUCUUCCACAGCCGCAGGCACUGCGACUGCAGACCAACCGGGUCGGCCAUACUACGAGUCGCUACGCACGUCACUUCGUCAAACGCUGGAAAAGAAGCGGAAGCUCGACGAGCAGUUGGCUGCAUUGGAGGAUAACAUCUUCAAAACCGAAGGCAACUACUUGGAAGAGACAGCCAACUCUGGUAAUAUCAUACGCGGCUUCGAUGGGUGGGUGAAAGGUGUGCAGGUCGGCGGCAGAGGUGGUGAUGAUAGACGGCGAGGCAGAGUGAGGGACGAGGACAGGAUGUUCAGUCGCAGCUCUGUUAGCUGGAUGAGGGCACAGGAUGGUCCGGACUCCAAUACACCUUCACAUGCCGCGACACCUACUGCCAGCUUCCCACCACCACUAUCGACACGCGGUAGUGAGGCUGGCGCGUCGGCCGCGACCACGAAAGCUGGCAAUAAGAAGAAGCGUCCGACGGAAAAGGACGAUGAGGAGGAUGGCAAGGCUUCGAAACGCGGAAAGAUCACGUAUGCACGUGACUGA